AUGGCGGCGCAGGCCUCAAUCCUGGAUGGGAGUUUGGAGUCGGAUGGCAGUGCGGCUAAAGGCAACCUAGCGCUACCAGAGGAAUCCACUCAACUUACAAAAGUGGACCUCACACUAGCAUUACAGGCUCUCUCUACCAAAUUAAUUUCAACGUGGCAACAUAUGACGGACUCCAUGAGAAAGGACAUCCAAGAACUGGGUAGUCGGACGUCACACAUGGAGGAUAAAUAUGAUGAAUUCACCACAGCCCAUAACGACUUAGCUACAAACGUGGAAAGUAUGGCAGCCAAAAUUGAAGCUUUGGAGGGGAAAUUAGUGGACCUAGAGGACCGAUCUCACCGAAAUAAUUUGAGAUUGCGGGGAGUCCCAGAGACCGUCACCUGCUUAUGUACGAAGCUUAUGAACGCAUACGCCCCUGAGAUACCGGCGGACAUGCUGUUGGUAGAUCGGGUCCAUCGUAUGGAGAGUGGGAUCUCCAAAUUGAGAAGACACAAACACCCAUACCGCCAGUGA